AUGUUUGGAUUAAUAAAAGGUUUUGAAAUUAAAAUAGAUAUGUUUAUUAACGAUGUCAAAUCUGGAAAAUUUCUAUACUUCCCAAAAGUGAAAAAAAUGUUAGGUGAAGUGGACAUUUUUGAACAAACCAAUUGGGAUUUUACCAAUGAAUUUUCAAAUAUUGUUGGUUUGAUUAAAAUACAGUUUUCACAAAGGUUUCAUGAUUUUAAAAAAAUUGAAAAAUUAAUAAAAAUUAUUAGUUAUCCCGAUUUAUUCGAUGUGCAAGAUUUUAAUGAUUACUAUUUUAAUUGGAUGGGAUUAGAAAAUUUAGAAAUGCAGUUAAUCGAUUUGCAAACUAAUCCAAUUUGGAAAAAUAAAUUUGUGAAUAUUCGAGAGCGUAUCGAAGAAUUGGAACGUCAUCGAAUACAUAACGAAGAAACAGAUUGCGGUGUUGACAACAUAAUAUUAGAAGCAUGGAAUAAUAUUCCAGAAAAUAUUUCUUCUGUCAAAAAAUUAGCAAUUUCAUUGUUAACAAUUUUUUCUUCAACAUAUGCUUGCGAAAGUCUCUUUUCGGUAUUAAAUCAUACACAUUCAAAGGCUAGGAACAGAUUAACGGAGGAAGAUUCGGCAGCAUGUAUUGCCUUGCAAUCAACCAGAUGCAAUCAUAUCAACCAGAUAUAA